AUGUCGGGAGCGGCGGGGCGCGCGCGGGCCGCCGCCGCCGCCUGCGGGGUGCUGCUGCUCGCUGCCGCCGGGGGCCUCGUGCUCGGGCCCGCCGCAGCCUCAGGUAGUGGUGCAUUUACUAUUCGCCAUGAAAGAACCAGCAAGUGCCUACAAGUUAAAAACUCACGGAUAGUGACAGCAGACUGCAAAGAGACACAUGAGACCUUAUGGAAAUGGGUCUCCCGAAAUCGCCUUUUCAAUUUGGGAUCCAAACAGUGCCUUGGACUAAAUCUAGCCAAUCUUCAAUCUCCUUUGAAAAUGGUUGAUUGUAACUCCCAGCUUAUGCUUAUGCUAUGGUGGCGAUGUGCUGAUGCUUCUGUAGUUGGUGCGUCCCGGUACAAGCUGACUUUGAAGAAUGAAAUUGUUGUAACUGCAAGUAUAAAUUCAUCAGACUGCUGGAGAAGAAACAACUCUUCUGAUGAUAUCUGCCAACAGCCUUAUCGGGAGAUCUUUACCAAGGAUGGCAACUCCUAUGGAAAGCCCUGCGAGUUCCCCUUUCUAGUUAAUAAGACCUGGUAUCAUGAUUGUAUUCGGGACAAAGCACAUACAGGUGGUGAAUGGUGCGCCACAUCUGACAAUUAUACUCGGGAUGGCUCCUGGGGAAUCUGCUUAAAACCAGAGGAUGGUUGUCAUGAUAUCUGGGAACAUGAUCCAGGAGCUGAAAGUUGUUACCAGUUAAACACACAGUCUGCUCUUUCUUGGAAAGAUGCUUAUAUUUCAUGCCUAGGACAAGGGGGAAAUUUAUUGAGCAUCCAAAAUGCAACUGAAUUAACUUACAUACAAGCUAAAGAUGGCAUUGCAGAGAGAUUUUGGAUUGGUUUAAACCAGCUGGACAUUUUUGGAGGUUGGCAAUGGUCAGACCACACACCCUUGAAUUUUAUUAACUGGAAUUCAGACAUGCAAAAUUCAUCUCCUUUGGGUGGGUCAAGUUGUGUAACGAUGGAUGCUACCUUUGGUCAGUGGCAAAGUUUCCACUGUGAUACUCCACUUCCAUACAUCUGCAGGAAACCAUUCAACAAUACAAAUUCAGAAUUGCCAGCCUCUUCAGUCUCAGAUGUUUGGAAAUACAUGGAGACUCGGUGCGAUUCAGGCUGGCUCCCACACCAUGGGUUUUGCUAUAUGCUGGUAAAUAACCAGGUUUCCUGGAGUGGAGCAGAUCAGUUUUGCAAAGCAAAAAACAGUGACCUCAUCAGCAUACAUUCUUUAGCAGAAGUUGAAUUGAUUGUUACAAAGCUUCAAAAUGAAACUAAAGAGGAAAUGUGGCUGGGUCUCAUGAAUGAAGAUAUGCCAGCUUUGUUUAAAUGGUCUGAUGGAUCCAAAGUGGUUUUCACUUACUGGGAUCAGAAUGAACCAAACAUUCCUUUUAACAGCACUCCGAACUGUGUAUCAUAUUCGGGACAGUUGGGCCGGUGGAGAAUCAAAUCCUGUGAAGAGAAGUUCAAGUACGUGUGCAUGAAAAAAGGAGAGAUUUUGAAUGAAACAAAAUCUGAUAGACUUUGUUCCCUGAAAGAGGGGUGGGAGAGACAUGGAGACUACUGUUAUACCAUUCGUAACAGUGAAGUAUCAUUUGGAGCCCAGUGCAAUCUUACAGUAAUGAAUAGAUUUGAGCAAGAAUUUAUAAACAGUUUGAUUGGAAAAUAUAGUAAAGUUGAAGCAAAAUACUUCUGGAUUGGCUUACAAGAUAUCAGUCAUUCAGGAAGGUAUACCUGGGGCAAUGUAGAUGGGGAAGAAAAUGAAGCUGUGACAUAUACAAACUGGAAUUCAUUGCAGCCAGCAUUUUCAGGAGGAUGUGUGGCAAUGUCAAAUGGGAAAUCCCUUGGAAAGUGGGAAACCAAGGACUGUAAAACAUUUAAAGCUUUUUCUAUUUGCAAAAAAAAUAUUGGGCCACCCAAACAGCCAAAAGUACUGCCUCAGCCAACUGAUCAGUGUCCUCCUGGAUGGCAAAAUGGAUCAGGCCUUGCCUGCUAUAAGUUCUUUCAUAGAGAGAGAGUGCUGAGAACCAGGACAUGGGAAGAGGCAGAGAGAUUCUGUGAAGCACUAGGAGGGCAUCUCCCUAGUUUUAGUCACCAUGAAGAAAUGAAGGAACUCCAUUCUAUGCUAAGAGACAUAAUCAGCAAUGAUCGAUGGGUAUGGGUUGGACUGAACAAGAGGGAUCCAGAUUCUCUAGGAACUUGGCAGUGGAGUGAUGAUAACUCUGUGACCACUGUUAUGCCACUUGAUUACCAAGAAGAUGUCUAUGAUACUAGAGACUGUGCUGCAUUAAAGACCAUUCGAAUUUCGCGUAGACAGUACUGGAGAUUUUAUCCAUAUGAAGGCAAAGAAUUGGAUUUUUACUUGAAACCUUUCCACUGUGAUGCUAAACUUGAGUGGGUUUGUCAGAUAACAAAAGGUAGCACUCCAAAGACGCCAGAGUGGUACAUACCAGAUGAAGUUGGAAUUCAUGGACCAUCGCUGGUUAUUGAUGGAUCUGAAUAUUGGUUUGUGUUGGACAAGCACCUGAGCUACCAAGAAGCUUCUUUCUACUGUGAAAAAAAUGAUAGUGACUUAGCAUCUGUGGAAUCUUAUACAAAACUAAGGGCAGUCCUAAGUCAAAUAGAUAUGUUGGCAGGUGAAGAACAGAAAUGGUGGUUGAAAUUCAUAGAUUAUGAAUAUCAUUCACCUUUACAGUUACAUCCACGUUUCUAUGGUCGAUUCUGGAGGGAUUGUGUGUAUAUUUCUAGAAGGACCUGGUAUAAAGGCUACCCAACAAACUGUCAUUUGAAACUGCCCUUCAUUUGUGAAAAAUAUAAUGCAUCCUUACUGGAGAAACAUGAUCCACAAUAUCGCCCAACAAAGGGAGGCUGUCCUGAAGACUGGAUUCAGUUUCGGAACAAGUGUUUUCUGAAGCUCAAACGUAGAUAUUUAACAUUUAAAGCUGCCAAUGAAAUGUGUGAAACUUUUGGAGGCACUCUUCCAUCAAUCACAAGCCAAGCUGACCAAGAUUUUAUAACAUCUUUGCUUCCUGAUAUGCCAAAAAACAUUUGGAUUGGUUUGCAGAUUUUGUACAGCACAAAGGAAAAUAAAUGGGUAGAUGGUAGUAAAUUGGUAUACAGCAACUUUCAUCCAUUGCUAAAAGGAAAGCAAAGGAGGAUUCCAAUUAAUUUGUUUGAUGAGGAAAUGAACAAUCAGUGUGCUGUAGUACUCAAUGAUCCCAAAACGAUGCGUGUUGGAGCAUGGAAUUUCACUUCAUGUGGUGACACACACUUUUUGUGCGUAUGCCAGAAGCCAGUGGACCUAGAACAUGCUGAAAACCUGACACAGCCAGUCCUUAAGGAAACAUUGAACUAUCAAAAUGUCCAGUACAGAAUAAUUCUGAAAAAUUUGUCCUGGUAUGAUGCAGUAAUGAAGUGCAGGGAGAAUAACAUGAUGCUGGUUAGCAUCACAGAUCAGUACCAACAGGCCUUUCUUGCUGUCCAAGCUGCCCAUUACAAUUACCCACUCUGGAUUGGACUCUCCAGCACUGACGAUGAAAAACAUUAUGACUGGUCAGAUGGAAAGCACAUUAGUUUCAGUCACUGGUCUGAACAAGAUGAAGAAACAAGUGAAGACUGUGUGUUUUUGGAUACUGAUGGAUUCUGGAAAACUUCUGAGUGUUCCUCUGAAAAACUAGGUGCUAUUUGCUACUUGCCACAAAAUGAAACUGAAAAAGAAAAAGUUGUUGAACAUAUUACAUGUCCACACAAAGUUAAAAAUACACCAUGGAUAUCAUUUAAGAACAGUUGUUACACUUUCAUGGUAACAAAUGACAGAUGGCGAGAACUGAGAUCUCAAGAAGCUCAUCAUUUAUGCAAAAAAAUGAAUCCGGAUGCAUUUGUUUUGAAUAUUAGAAAUGAGGAAGAAAACAACUUUGUUGUUGAACAGCUUCGUUCUUUAAGUGGCCUAGCUACAUGGGUAUGGUUGGGCUUAAUUUAUGAUGAUGCUGAUAAUUUUCUGAAGUGGUAUGAUGAAACUUACCUGUCUUACCAAAACUGGAGAGAAGGCAGACCUAAUGUAAAAAAGAAUCAGUUUUUUGCUGGUAUAAAUUAUGAUGGUUUCUGGGAUAUUUACAACUACACAACAGAUUGGCAUCCUCAGCACUUCAAUCUGCACAGUAUUCUUGCCUGUAAAAUUGAAAUGGGGCCAAGAGAGACUAAACCGCCAUUGCCUGCUUCUAUACCAUAUGGAGAUAACACAUACAAGAUCCUCCAGAAAAAAUUAACCUGGUAUGAGGCACUGAAAGAAUGCAAAAAAAAUGGGAUGGAUUUAGCCAAUGUACACAAUGAAUCCCAGCAGCUGUUUCUGGAUGAUAUUGUAAAACGUGAUGGUUACCCACUGUGGCUUGGGUUGUCAAUCCAUGAUGGAAGUAAAUCUAAUUUUGAAUGGUCUGAUGGAAGUAUGUUUGACUACAAUCCCUGGGAAUUAGAAAGCUCAGCAUCUACUGGGAACUGUGUUCUGUUGGAUCUGAAAGGGUUUUGGAAUCGUACAAAGUGUACAGAUGUUGCUGAGGGUGCCAUUUGCUAUACCUCUUCAAAAAAGAGACAACUACAACUGCAGCAAACAAAAGGCUCUCCCAGAUGUCCACAGAAUACAGGAACAUAUCAGUGGCUUCAAUAUAAGGAGCACUGCUAUGCAUUUGACAUGGCAUUUUACAAUUUUUCGGUAUAUACUGCAGAAGAUGCUAAAAACGUUUGCCAAAAAUUGGAUCCAUCUGCAACACUUCUCACUAUAAAGGAUGCUGAUGAAAAUAAAUUUGUCAGCACACAGAUAAGAGAAAAUGACCUUAUCACUAAAAGUGUGUGGCUUGGAUUGUCUCAGAACUCCAAGGAUCAGUCAUUGACCUGGCUUGAUGGCUCAGCACUUAAUUAUGCCAACUGGGGAAAUGGAACUUCAGAAGUUAGUGGUAAAUGCAGUGUUAUCGUAUCCACAAAUGGAGCAUGGUCUACAGUUGACUGCAAUAAUAGUCAAAGGAGAGUUGUAUGUAAAGCUCCUCUAGGUUCUAAUCGUGCUGGUGUGGCCAUAGCAUUUGCUCUCUUCAUAAUCAUAAUCCUAAUUGCUGGAUUAAUUUGGUAUCUCCAUAAAAAGAAACGGCUUCAGUGGGGUGGCUUCUCUGCAGUACGUUAUCAAAGGGGGAUGAAUGAAGAGGAAACUGAUAACAUGUUUGCUAAAGAUGGUUAUAUUAUUCUGAGUGAAGGGAAAUAUCACGAGUUAGAGCCACUAUCUUCAAAUGAAAUAAAAUUUUUAAAAAUAAAUACCCAUGCCAUAUUUAAGUCAGAGCCUGUUGUGGGUUCAUACAUGAAUAGUCAGUCAUGUCUUCCAAAGAUGAUAGUGAAUGUCAACACAGCAGAAAACUUAGGAUCGUCUUCCUUUUCCAAGAUCUACGAGGAAUCCUCUUCUACCCACAAGCCCCUGGAAGGUGUUUUGGAGCUCAGCGCCCCGCCCCAAGGGGCCGGGCUGCAAUCCUGGCUCGUGGGGUCACCCCGCCCCCCCGGCGGCCCAGCCCGCGGGGCAGGCCCCUGGUGGUGGGGGCGGGCCCGGGAGGCUCCGCGUCGCUCGGUUCCCUGCUCUGGGGCUGGAGCCAUGGGCGCCCCCGUUCCCGCCCGCCGCCGCCUGCUGCUGCUGCUGCUGCUCGCCGCCCCGCUUCCCGCCGCGGCGGAGUGCCCUUCAUCUGUCUGGAUUCCAUUUGGAAGUUACUGCUAUGCUUUUUUUCAAGGAACAUUAAACAAUGUGGAGAGUGUUGAGGAUGCCAGGGAUCUCUGUAAAGGCAAUGCUUCUGGUGCAGAUAUUAUUAGUAUAAAAAAUGAAAAGGAAAAUACGUUUAUACUGGAAACUUUCAAAACUCACUGGCAAGGCCCUGAUUACAUUUUGUUGGGCAUGAUUUUUGAUACAGAUGAUAAUUCUUUCAAGUGGUAUGAUGAGUCAGAAAUGAAUUUUACCAAGUGGACUGAGGAGAUUGAUGAAGUGCUCAUGAAUACAUGUGCUUUUAUGAACACUAAGUCGGGGAAAUGGGAAAAAAAGAGUUGUGAAGAGUUUCCUCUGACAGGGACCCUUUGUAAAACAGCCUGGCCUGACCCGCUGCCCCUUGACCAUGUGAGUGGCUCUCCUCUGGACCCUGUCAAUGCUAGCUACAUCCCUCUUGACGUGUGGCGCCCAGAACCGGAUGCAGUACUCCAACUGCGGCCUGACCAGUGCCACAUAGAGAGGAAGGAUCACCUCCCUGGACCUGCUUAUGAUGCAUCUGUAGAUGCACAACAAGCUGCUUAUGAAAAGAAGUAUCUACCAGGUAAAAGUGCCUUAACAACCACUGUGGUUGUAAUUUUUACUAUAGUCAUGAUAAUUUCUACAGCUGCAGUUUGGUACCUAUGCAAAAGAGGUAUUUCUUCUGCUUCUGGACCUUCAUGUACAGCACGCCAUUCAACAGCUCAAGUACCAUACAGUGAUGAAACUGUUCUUGUAGAUGCAGAAGAAAAUGAAUAUUCUGCUUAAAUUUAAAAUCACUGUAAAAUUUCAUAUUUAAAUACCAAAAAGUGACAACCUGUCAUCUGUUUCAGAUUUGUUUCAGACGUACAACUACUUAAAUAUGUGCAUAACUUUGCUCAUGUCGGUAAUGUGCUGGCUGUUGUUAGGAAAUGGAUAGAAAAGAUGGUUUAAGACAAACAUCAGAGUAUCUCAUAUGGGGCUGUCAAGCAUUCAUAUUCAUAAAGUAUACUGACUGUAUAUUGCAGUAUUUCACUGUAUGAUUUAGUGAUGUGACAUUCUGAAAGGAGUAAGCAUUUAAUUAUAUCACAGAUGUUAAAACUUCAAAUUCUGCAGUUUUCUAUAAAGAAGGUUUUUUUUAAAAACAAAAUUAUCUUUGUUCAUGAUCUCCUUUUUCAUUCCUGUGAAUAUUUUAGUAAAACACAUUUGGAAAAAAUGGUUAAUUUGGAAUUAAUGUUGCUGAAAACUUUGAGUGUAUUUGCACUGGUCCUAAUUCAAAGAGUUACUGAUUACAUAGAAACAAGUUAUAUUAACUUGUGGCCAGCUAAAAUACAGUCUGAAUUUGAAACUAUUUAGCCUUACAGGGCUUGUUAAAGAUGAGCUAUAAGUCAAAUAUUGUAGUAAAUAAUUUUAAGCAACACACAUUUUAGUUGUUUGAUGGUAACUUAUAAAAAGAAUUUGGAAAAAAAAAUCACAUUUUUAUUUGAUUGCAGUUAGAAUUCUGAGUCCAGCUUUUCAAAAAGGUCUCUUAUUUAGACUCUAACUACAUGAUUGAAGUGUAAUUCAUGGUCCCGACCUUCAAAUUUGAUAUUUGUAGUCAGAUCCUUAAAUCCAUAUUAAGUUGGACAGCAAAGAGGGUCUAUUUGUGUUGAUCAUGUUUCAGUGCUGUUGGCUGCUGGAUAGCCAUCUGCAUGCCUUCUGCUUAUCUUCAGUGACUACAGAAUUAGUAACUAGUUUGCACUGUAUAGAAACCAAUGAAAAUAUGCCAGUCUCUACCCA